AUGGAUUCCGACGACGACUUCCUGAGCGACGUGUCGAGUGCCGGUGACUUCCUCGACACCCAGAACAGCGAUGAUGAGAGUUUAGGGGAUGAUUUCGGUGAUGAUCUCGAUACCGGCUUUUCCGAUGAUAAAGACCUCAUCAAGCAAAAACGAAAACCAUACGAAGUUGAAUUCAAGGUUUUAAACCCCUUGGACAUUCAGCGUGAGCAGGAUGUCCAGGUAGACGAUGUUUCCGCAAUCCUUGGCCUUCCCCCAGAGUCGGCGGCGAUCCUGUUACGGUUCGGUCGGUGGAAGCAGGAGAAACUUAUCGAGGGGUAUAUGGAACACCCGGAGGAGACAUUAGAAGAUGCAGGGCUUGGGACAAAUUUCGAGGGCCUUGCGAAGACCGAGAAGGUGGCGGACUUCAUGUGUGAGAUAUGCUGCGAGGAAGGGCCCGACCUCGAGACGUUUGCGAUGCGAUGCGGUCAUCGGUUCUGUGUCGACUGCUACCGACACUACCUGGCGCAAAAGAUCAAGGAGGAGGGUGAAGCCGCUCGUAUUGAAUGUCCAGGCGAUAAUUGUCACCGCAUCGUGGAUUCCAAGUCCCUGGAACUACUUUUGGCGGACAACAACGCCUUGCAGGAACGGUACCGUACUCUCCUCACAAGGACGUAUGUGGAUGAUAAGGACAACCUCCGUUGGUGCCCGGCACCCAACUGCGAAUAUGCUGUCGACUGUGCGGUCAAAGCCCGCGACCUCCGCCGCAUUGUACCAACGGUGAACUGUAUUUGCAAACAUGAGUUCUGUUUCGGCUGCUCCCUCAACGACCAUCAACCUACUCCCUGCACACUGGUGAAGAUGUGGUUGAAGAAGUGUGAGGAUGACUCCGAGACGGCCAACUGGAUAUCCGCCAACACCAAGGAGUGCCCCAGGUGCAUGUCGACGAUCGAGAAGAACGGCGGUUGCAACCACAUGACCUGCCGCAAGUGCAAGCAUGAGUUCUGCUGGAUGUGCAUGGGCUUGUGGUCGGAGCACGGUACCAGCUGGUAUAACUGCAACCGGUACGAGGAAAAGUCUGGCUCAGACGCACGCUCUGCCCAGGCCAAGUCUCGGGCGUCUUUGGAACGCUACCUGCAUUACUAUAAUCGUUAUGCAAAUCACGAGCAGUCUGCUAAACUGGACAAGGAUCUAUAUCUCAAGACCGAGAAGAAGAUGACCAGCCUUCAGUCACAAUCGGGCCUGUCUUGGAUCGAAGUUCAGUUCUUAGACACUGCCUCACAGGCACUGCAACAGUGCCGACAGACUUUGAAGUGGACGUAUGCAUUUGCAUUUUACUUGGCGCGCAACAACCUCACCGAGAUCUUCGAGGACAACCAAAAGGAUCUGGAAAUGGCCGUCGAGAGUCUCAGUGAGAUGUUCGAAAAGCCCGUGCCAGAGCUGGCCAAGUUGAAGGUCGAUAUUCUGGACAAGACGGCCUACUGUAACAAGCGCCGAGUUAUUCUGUUGAGCGACACCGCAGAAAACCUGAAGAAUGGAGAAUGGGCGUUUAAUGUCGAGUGGUAA